GGGGAGGAGGGGCCGGGCCGCACCACAGCCGCCGCUUCCUGCGGGAGUCGGGCCCAGCCGGCGGCGCUCUGCCCCGAGCCUGCGCGGCGCCUCGGGAGCUAAGGUAGAGAUGGGGAGGGAGGGCAGCGGCCCGGGGCUGCUCCGGGCUCGUUAGGCCGCCCUAAGCCGGCUGCGGAGCGCGGCCUUUCUCGGUGCGCCCGCACCCCUUCGGCCGGCUCCACGGCCCUUUCCGCCCUUCCUGGGGGAGAUAAGCUCGAGGGGUCGCCGAGCAGCGUUGGUCACGGGGAUGGGCUGCUGCUCUGCUGCCUUCGCGGGGAGUAAGGGUGCCGGAGCGAGGAGAUGCUGCCCUGCGUGCGGUUGGCCCUGGGCCUGCGGCAGGAACUUCUCAGGCCUGAAAGCUGUUCAGGCCCCUGUGUCUUAAUGUCUUAAUGCUGUACUGCUGCUCCCUUGCUGGGCCUUCGCUGCCCUGCGUGGAAAUCUCCAUCCGACCCCUCGCUGCUGGUUUGUGCCCCUCCCUGAGAGGGGCUGUUAAGUCCCCAGCUCUAUCACGCUGUGGAAUACCACUGCUGCAGGCUCUUUUAUUUAUUGUUUGCUUUGGAACCUUUAGUUUUCAUAAAGAAAUCAGCUUCUUGUUUUGCCUGUAGUGGCGAUCCUGUAACACCUCGCUACAACUCGUCACUCCUUUAUCACAAAGAUCAAAGUUUUGCUCUAACAGUUAAAUUUUCCUACAGGAGGACCCAGGGGCAUGCAAAACAAAGGAGUGCUCCGCAUGCAAACAGUCGCUUAUGUAGCUAUUUGAGAUUGAGUAAUGGUUGGCUUGUUGUAGGUAUAUAAAAAACAUCUCUCAGAAUAAUUGUUCUCAGUUUGGAAAGGGUUGAUUUAGAGCAUGGGGUCCCGGGAAAAUACCGUCUAGCUGUUUUCCUUCUUGUACUUCUUGUUGCAUUAAACAAAGGGGAUAAGUAAGAAGGGACAGAGAUUCUGGCAUAGAGUGCACUUCGAGCGCGCAGCUUCUAGUGGCGAGGGGGGAAGAGUUGCUUCCUCCCACUCAUCCCUUCUGGUGUUGAGUGACAGCAGUGCUUAGUGGCAGGAAGAGUUUUAGUGUGUUACAUGUAUCAAUGCUUGGAGGGUGGCUGGCUCUCUCCUGAGCUGACUGUGGCUGGAGUAAAGCUUCUGUGGAGCUGCCUCCCAACAGUCGCCCAGGUGAAGGCUUUGUCUGCCUUGCUUGGGGACGCGGCAGGGCACGCGUACAGUGGGGAAGAUCCUGUUGCACUGGGAGAUGCAGAAAACUUAAAGCAAUUUGAGUUAGCAGCAGGGAGCUGUUGUUUGCAGCUGGCUUAUGCUUAUUGAGGUGGAUUCGACUCCGGCUGGUUGUGAAGGAGCACUUGUGGUGUAUGAGCUUGCGGAAUGCCGGAGAGCGUUUGGGGUUUGUUUAUGUGUAGUGGAAGUAGGUAAGGGAAACUACUGAAGAAUGUAAGACUCUAUUCAGUCUGUUGGGAAAGUUUUUCCCAAACGUAUUCGGAAGAGGUGCCUUGUUGUCUUGGCCAUUGUGCUGGCAUUGGCCCUCACCCAGCCUUGUGGUAAGCUGGAUCUGGAAGGUGAUGUGGCUCUAAAGUCAGCUUUGUCUUUCCUGAGUCUUAUUAUUCUGAAGCAGUUCGGCUCACCGGGUACCUCUGUGAAAAUCAGUCUUUGGAGUCAGGAGGGGGAGGACGGCCCUUUGUGUCAGCAGACUAUUGUAAAGAGAUUGUAGAAACCAUUCUUAAAGGGGGAGAAUGGAACAGUCUCAUUAAGCAAACAAACAAAACAAAACAAAAAAAAAAAACCCAAGCCCAACAAAAUAGCAGCAGUUCUCUUGUUGUUUUGUUUCUGUUUUGACAAAAUUUAUGGAAAUAAUCAUUUAGAUUUUGGUGUUUUUAGUUAGAAGAGAAACGUGGUUAUGUUUGCCUAUAGUUUUACGUAAUAGAGCAGCUAUCAAUCAUACGGUUAUUCUACAGAGCUGCUCUUGCUUCUACUUGCAGAUUGGUUUUUAACGAAUUUUACAUACACUUUCUGUAGUUUUCUACUAAAAAUGAAUAAAGUAGGAAUCGUUUUUACGCAAAUGUUCUAUUUGACUGUUUCAGUUGAAUGUUUAUGCUGUAAUUUUUUUGUGUGGGUCCAUUCAGUUUUUGUAAUCAUGCAAGCGUUACGAAGAUGAUAGGAAAGGUAGGAAAUGGUUGAUGAUAGAAACGGUAGGAAAAAAAAAAUGAAGUAGGAAGAAAAUGUGUUCCCUAGCUCUCAUUUGUACAGCCUGAGGUAGUUUGGUUAAAUUUGUUGUGGUAUUUCAGUAGUAUUUGUAGAAUCGUAGGCAGUGAUUAUCCAGGUGGUACAGGUUUACAAUUGCUAAUGAAUUGUGUUCUGCUCUUGUUUGUGAUGCGAUGCAGUUAAACUUGGGGACAUUUAAAAUAAGGGACGGUAGAGAAUGGAUAAGAACACAUGGUUAUUUUAUGGCAGAUAGGCAAGCACUGAAUAGGAGCCUUACAUUGCUGUCCUAAUAAGACCGACUUCUCUUUAAUUUAGCAUAUGUAUAAUGGAGAACUAUUAGAAAUUCUGUAGGAUUUCUUGAGGGCUGUCUUAUCCCCUGGUUCUUGUUGUAUAAUCCUCUUUCUUUUGAAGCUUGAAUCUGAAUGAAAAUGCAUUUUGACAACAGCUUGUGAAUUACUUUAACAAGAUUUUUUACUUAAAUCAUAUUCAUAGCUUUCAAGUAAUACUUAAAUGAGUAAUAAUGGCUAUUAAAUAAGUAUAAGAUAGCUAAAAUAAUACAGCUGAGAGGGAGCAGUGUUUUGCUAGUAUAAAUUUGGAUAACUAAUCUAAAAUACCUAUUUAAGCUUCCAUAUGGUGUAGAAUUUGUGAAUUAGUGUGUUUAGCAAAUAUGUAGUGUCUGCAGUAUCUGCAGAAACCUUUAACACUGCUGUAGUGAGAAGGGCUCAUAAAAUUAUUUAAAGGGAAUUGGAAACAGGUUUUUAUCCUUAAGUAUUUGGCAUGUUUGUAAGAAAAAUGAAGUGACAUCUACUUCCUCAUGAUAGUGUUGCUGAUGCUCUGGCAUAUCUUGUUUUUGCUUGGUGGCUGAGAAGGAUUUAAGGCACCUGUAUAUACUGCUGUUACAUUAAGAAACUUACUGACUUUGAUCAUUAAUGUGACUCAGUAUCCGUUUCUUGAAGAAUGUGCAGUUGGCUGUGUCAAGGUUUGGUAAUAUGUUUUCUUUAACAGUACUCUGCUUGUAAGUACUGUUAAAAAGGUUAAGAUCCAGGUUUGUUGCUGCCUUCCGAAGCUGUUUCAGGGCAGCCUUAGGAUUGCACUGUUGCCAAAGGAAGCAGUCCUGAGUGGGGGCUAUUGCAGCUUACCUGUCACGUCCCGAAUGUCACAACCCAAAUGUGUCGUGAGCUGUGCUGAAAAAUCACUUGUAUUGAAACUAAUCACAUGGUCCAUAUGCUUUCUGGUCCAGUUCACAGUGUGGCUGUGCAAAUACUUGUGCUGGCAUAAAGGAGAAAACCAUCAGGAAUGUGAGUUACUAGACAACAGGAGAGACGGGACUGUUUCUUUACACGAGUAGUGCCAGCUUGUUCUGACUUAACGUUGUGGAGCUACAGAAGCUUCCUUUGUAAUAGCCAGCUCUCUUCUGACACCGUGAUGAAAUGCUUGAGAGUUUAGCAUCGAUUUUUCCCACAUUUAGGGCAGAAAGGAAGGGGAAGAGAAGCUUGAUUUGCCAGAACCGUACACAUAACAGCGUUGGUGUUUUAGAUGUAGAUUGUGUUUCUUGCAGUUGUGGCUCCUUCUUUAAAUGCUCAUUAAUAGGCAUCUUGCAUCACGUUCUUCACACACAGCUUUGCAACCUCUGGGUCUCUUCUGAGACUGGUCAAGAGAUAAGCUUAAUGCAUCCAAGUAAGAGAGACAGCUGGUCUUUUGAUUUGUGGAUUGAUGUUACUGCUUAGAAAUGUGAUGUGUAUAGCAUCUCUUUUUCAUUGUGUUACCUGACGUGAUGUUGUGACUUCAGGCUGUGACAGUGGGGACAGGAGAGUCCCCAGGAAGAGGCUGCUGGUGAUGUAACUCUACAAGAUCUGAAAUGGUCCGAUACACUACUGUGCUCCUUCAGAGACUCAUGCUUGCUGAUGAUGAGAAGUAAAAACUUUAUCUUGUUAAAGCAUAUAUUUUGUAAAAAUUGGAAAUAUCUUGGUCACUACUAGUGAAUGGGAUCUGUGUUGCUGAAAGCAUAAACGGAGAAUUUUAAGAUAGCUGAUUGAUUGACACAGACCAGUGGCUUGAGAAGAAGUAUAUCUACUGGGAAAAAUGGGUCGAUCUAACUCUAGAUCACAUUCUUCAAGAUCCAAGUCCAGAUCUCAGUCCAGCUCUAGGUCAAGAUCCAGGUCACACUCUAGAAAAAAGAGAUACAGUUCUAGGUCUCGUUCAAGGACAUACUCACGAUCUCGCAGCAGGGAUCGUGUUUAUUCUAGAGAUUAUCGCAGAGAUUACAGAAAUAAUAGAGGAAUGAGACGUCCCUAUGGUUACAGAGGAAGAGGUAGAGGGUAUUACCAAGGAGGAGGUGGUAGAUACCAUCGUGGAGGUUAUAGGCCUGUCUGGAACCGAAGACACUCCCGAAGCCCUAGGCGUGGCCGUUCACGUUCCAGAAGUCCAAAGCGAAGGUCUGUGUCUUCACAGAGGUCCCGGAGCAGAUCUCGUCGAUCUUACAGAUCUUCCAGGUCCCCAAGGUCCUCUUCAUCUCGUUCUUCAUCCCCAUACAGCAAAUCACCUGUCUCUUCCAAAAGACGAGGGUCUAUGGAAAAGCAGGCAAAGAAAACUGAAGGGGCUCCUUUGCAAGAUAGCCCUUUGAAAAAUAAAUCACAAGACGAACAGAAAGAUACAUUUGAACAUGACCCAUCAGAAUCUCUUGACGAUUUUAAUAAAUCAUCAGCAGCUUCCGGCGACAUUUGGCCUGGCCUUUCAGCGUAUGAUAACAGUCCGAGGUCACCCCACAGUCCUUCUAUUGCCACCCCGCCUAGUCAGAGUUCAUCUUGCUCUGAUGCCCCUUUGCUUAGUACGGCCCACUCAGCAAAGGACACACCUCAACAUUCCCAUUCCAUUCAGCAUAGUCCUGAGAGGUCUGGCUCUGGUUCUGUUGGAAAUGGUUCUAGCCGUUAUAGUCCUUCUCAGAAUAGCCCAUUGCAUCACAUCCCUUCGAGGAGAAGCCCUGCAAAGACAAUCCCAUCACAGAGCGCUCCCCGUGAGGAGCCUCGAACACGUUCGUUUUAUCCUGAGACCGGGGAACAGGAAACUGUAAAAGGUGGAAAGUUUCUGAAAAGGUACACAGAUGAAGAGUCUAGAGUAUACCUGCUUGAUAGGGGUAAUACCAGGGAGAAGGAGGCCCAGAAGGAGAGAGGAUCAGAAAAAGGGAGGACAGAGGGAGAAAGGGAAUGGGAGGAUCAGGAAACUUUAGACUUUUUCGUUGAUAAAGAGACUGGGAAAGAGAAGUUUAAUGACUCUGAAGGGGAGGACACAGAGGAGACAGAGGAUUACAGACAGUUCAGAAAGUCUGUCCUGGCAGAUCAGGGUAAAAACUUUCCUACUGCAUCUCACCGGAAUGCUGAGGAGGAAGGAACCAAAUACAAAUCUAAAAUAACAAUGAAGGGCAAUAGAGAGAGCGAUGGAUUUAGAGAUGAGAAAAGUUAUAAGCCUAAAGAGACUGGCUAUGUAGCGGAAAGGCCUAGUACAACAAAAGAUAAGCACAAGGAAGAAGACAAGAGUUCUGAGAGACUAACGAUGAAGAAAGAAACUCAGUCACCUGAGCAGGUAAAGUCUGAAAAGCUCAAAGAACUCUUUGAUUACAGUCCCCCUCUACACAAGAAUCUGGAUGCGAGAGAAAAAUCCACCUUCAGAGAGGAGAGCCCACUUAGGAUCAAAAUGAUAGCCAGUGACUCCCAUCGUCCUGAAGUUAAACUCAAAAUGGCACCAGUACCUCUUGAUGAUUCCAAUAGACCUGCUUCCUUGACUAAAGACAGGCUGCUUGCUAGCACACUUGUCCAUUCCGUCAAGAAGGAGCAAGAGUUCAGAUCCAUCUUUGACCACAUUAAGUUGCCACAGGCCAGCAAAAGCACGUCAGAGUCAUUUAUUCAGCAUAUAGUGUCCUUGGUUCAUCAUGUCAAAGAGCAAUACUUCAAGUCAGCUGGAAUGACCCUAAAUGAGAGGUUCACUGCAUAUCAAAAAGCAACAGAAGAGCACUGCACUCGGCAAAAGAGCCCAGAAAUACAUAGGAGGAUUGACAUCUCUCCAAGUGCCCUGAGGAAGCAUACCCGUUUAGCAGGUGAAGAGAGGGUCUUUAAAGAAGAAAGUCAAAAAGGAGAUAAAAAAUUAAGAUGUGAUUCUGCUGAUCUUCGGCAUGACAUUGACCGCCGUAGAAAAGAGCGAAGUAAAGAGCGAGGAGACUCAAAGGGCUCCAGGGAAUCCAGUGGGUCAAGAAAGCAGGAGAAAACUUCAAAAGAUUACAAGGAUUACAAAUCUUACAAAGAUGACAGUAAGCAAAAAAGAGAGCAAGACCGUGCUAGAUCUUCCCCAUCUUCCUCUCCAUCUUCUUCUUCAUCCAGUUCUCGAGAAGAAAAGGAUUGCAAGAAAGAAAGAGAUGAAGAGUUCAAAACUCACCACGAACAGAAAGAAUACUCUGGUUUUGCAGGAGUCAGCAGGCCAAGAGGCACCUUUUUUCGAAUUAGGGGCAGAGGAAGAGCCAGAGGAGUCUUUGCUGGAACAAAUACUGGUCCCAGCAACUCAAAUACUACUUUUCAAAAGAGACCGAAGGAAGAGGAGUGGGAUCCUGAAUAUACCCCAAAAAGCAAGAAAUAUUUCUUGCACGAUGACAGAGAUGAUGGUGUGGAUUAUUGGGCCAAACGAGGAAGGGGCCGUGGUACUUUCCAGCGUGGCAGAGGGCGUUUUAACUUCAAAAAGUCAGGUAGCAGUCCGAAGUGGACACAUGACAAAUACCAAGGGGAUGGGAUUGUGGAAGAUGAAGAAGAAACGAUGGAGAACAAUGAAGAAAAGGACAGACGCAAGGAGGAAAAGGAAUAACCCUGGAAGAAAGCUGAAAGAGCAGCUUUUGCACCACCCACACAACAUUUUUAAUAUGUUCUUUUUGUUGUCAAAUGAAUGUAAGCAUUUUACUUAAAUUUUACUGUUGGAAGUAGUUUAGAGGGAUUGUUUUUCUGUUUUAAGCCUUUAGGAAAAAAAUCUUGAUAUAGUAAACUAUGUUAAUGAUCGUACAGUUAGAAAGUAAAAUAUUUGUAACAACUUUUAAGAAAUUUUACUGUUUGUUAUAUGCAGUGUAAUUCUGCUUUGUCCAAAUACAUGGUCAAGUACAACUCUUAAAAGUUUUGAUUCUCCCCUAUGUCUGUGUUUUAUUCUGAAGUAAACUUGCAGCUCUGCACACCUGAAAUCUUGGAGGAGCAUUUUUUAUCAGCUGAUUGCUACUUCUGUGUUGCUUUUUUUAUUAAAAACGUUUUUAAUGACAGUUA